UGCAGUUAUGCUGCAACACUUUUCAAUGCACCGAUCCACAGCUAUCCGAUCCACGCAUGGGUCCUAUCCACUUCUCUUGGUUAGGCCCUAUGGACCUUAGCAACAUUUAGAAAGGGUCGAUUUCCGUCCAUCUAGGUAGCUCAGGGUUGAGGCCCCGAAGCGGCAUAGGUCACAGGCUUGUUUUUUUGUUCUUCUCUUCCCUCGGCCGGGCAUAUCAUAGCAUACUAGGCAUUGAAGACUCGAACGGCCUCGAGAUCCACCACCCGGGGCAAACGCGUAACUAAAAUCUGGCUGCUAACCCGCUUGGGCGGUUGAUCUGGUAAUAGAAACUCAAGAGCUAGGAUGUGGUCAUCCCUAGCGAGGCCUGAUCCCGAUCAGAUAAGAUUUUGAUAAUGUUCGAUCAGGUCCGAUCAGGUCAGAGGCCAAUGCCACAAUGUCUGUUACUUUGUACACCCACAAUGCUCGCUGCGUGUAUAAAUACUUAAGGCCUGCUGUUGCAAGAUGAAGGAUUGUCCUGGACUCUCACCCCCAUGAGCCCUCUCCUCCUCUUUCUCUCCCUCACUAUAGGACAUCAAAAUGAUAUUCAGAACGCUUAGGAACUUGGCACGUUUGUGCGGUAUCGAUGCCACCCGUGGUAGCGGAGAUAAGUCACCGCCGCCUCCAACCGAGGCUGAGCUCGAUCAAUCGAUAAUGGAGCUGCCUGCAAAAGGCGCCCAAGGUGGUGUCAAGGCCAUCGAGGCCGUCACGUUGUCUUGGUCUAAGAAGUCCCUGAGAAUGGUUUACGUCUGCAUGUGGCUCAUCUACUUCGUCAACGCCUUCCAGUCGUCGACGACUAGCAACUUGACUGCCUACGUCGUGAGCGGGUUUGACCAGCACUCCCUCAUCCCCGUUAUCAGCAUCGUAUCCAAUGCGAUGUGCGCCGCCUGCACCAUGCCCGUAGCCAAGAUCCUCAAUCUGUUCGACCGGUCCAAGGGGUUCCUCGCUAUGGCCAUCCUCGCCACCAUCGGGCUGAUUCUCAUGGCCACCUGCUCUAACAUCGCUAUCUACUGUGCCGCCCAGGUCUUCUACAACGUCGGCUUCACCAGUCUCAUCUACACCAUCGACGUCAUGACCGCUGACACCUCGACGCUAUCUCACCGAGGACUCGCCUUUGCCGUCACCUCCUCGCCGUACAUCAUCACCGCGUUUGCCGGUCCGGCUGCCGCAGAGAAGUUUCAUGCUAAUAACUGGCGAUGGGCCUUUGGGUGUUGGGCGAUUCUCCUGCCCCUGGUCGCCCUACCCCUAUUCAUUAUCAUGCAGCGGGAACUUAAGCACGCCAAGAAAUACGGGAGGUUGCGAGAGAACUCCAGCGGCCGCACAUUUAUGCAAAGUGUUUGCUUCUACGUUAUCGAAUUCGAUCUCCUCGGAGUAUUCCUCCUAGCCGGCGGCCUCGUGCUAUUCCUUCUCCCGUUCUCACUCGCCGAAUCCAUGGGCGACUCCUGGCGCUCGCCCUCCAUCAUCGCCAUGCUCGUGAUCGGCUUCUCCAUGCUCAUCGCCUUCGGCCUCGUCGAGCGCUUCGUCGCACCCAAGCCCUUCCUACCCUGCAACCUCCUAGUAUCGCGCACCGUCAUCGGCGCCUGUCUCCUCGACAUCACGUACCAGGUCGCGUAUUACUGUUGGAACAGCUACUUCCCAUCCUACCUGCAGGUAGUCUACGGGCUCGACAUCGCGACGGCGGGAUACAUUGGCGGGAUCUUCGACAUCGUCUCCGCCACCUGGCUGCUGGCCGCGGGCUGGCUGAUGAAGCGUACCGGCCGCUUCCGCUGGCUGCUGCAGGUCUCCGUGCCCCUGUACAUCCUCUUCGUCGGCCUGCUGAUCCACUUCCGGCAGCCCGGGACGAGCAUCGGGUUCAUCGCCAUGUGCGAGGUCCUGAUCGCGCUGGCCGGCGGCACCAUUAUCAUCGGCGAGCAGGUGGCGGUGAUGGCGGCGUCCGAACACAACGACGUCGCAGCCGUGCUCGCGCUGCUGAGCCUCUUCGGCAACGUCGGCGGCGCGGUCGGCAACUCGAUCUCUGGCGCCAUAUGGACGAAUACCCUGCCGUACGCGCUGCAAAAACAGCUCCCGGAGGAGGCGAAGGCGGGCUGGCAGGAGAUCUACGAUAGUCUGGACGUGCAGCUGAGCUAUCCGAUUGGCAGCGAGGUGCGCGCGGCGAUCAUCGAGGCGUACGCGCAGGCGCAGACGUGCAUGAUCGUCGCGGGCACCGUCAUCAUGGCGCUCGCGCUGGCGUGGGUCAUGCUGAUCAAGAAUAUUAAGCUGAAUGAGAUACAGCAGACGAAGGGGUUGUUGUUUUGAGAAGAAGAGAAAGAGUGACUAAGAAUGUUUAGGAUAAGAUAGACUCCUGUAUACCUACCUACCUAGGUACCUAACAUAGGUAGAUGCCUAAUUUAUUAAUUACUGGAAAGAAAUGAAUUUGAAUAUUGCUCUAAAAUGCCGUUCGCAUGAGAUGCCCCUUAGUUUGACAGAUAUGCCGUGAGUCUCACCUAGACACU